AUGGAAGGCGAGGUCUCCCAGCUGAAUUGGAUCAUCUCUGCGUUCAACCUCACAUCUGCCGCCUUUAUCCCGUUCUGGGGCCAGGCCGCCGACAUCUUUGGACGCCACACUGCCAUCCAAGCCGCCCUUGUCAUCAUGAUGGUCGGCAGUGCCUUGUGCACUGCAGCGCCCAAGUCGACUUUUGCUGUCCUGCUUCUCGGUCGUGCCAUCCAAGGUCUCGGCUGCGCGGGGCUCAACGUUGUUGUCCGCGUCAUUCUACUCGACCGCGUCUCGCUGCGAGAGAACGCGAAGAAUUGGUCCAUCUUCUCCUUCACGGCGGGCAUGAGUUACGGCGUGGGCCCGGUCGUCGGCGGUGCACUGACUAAUGUUAACUGGCGAUGGUGCUUCGCAGUAAACCUGCCAAUCUGCGUAGCUGCACUGGCUCUCAUUUACAUUGUCCUGCGGCCCGAGCUGCUGGGACCACAGACACAAGAACAUUCUUCAAACUCGCCCUUACCGGAGGCUGCGGCAGGACGAUCAAGCCCCGACUCGUCGGACCACUUCGAGCCGCCCUCGGUCCGUUCUGGCCCCGUUCGGCCUCAUAUGAACUCGCUCCCAACGCGUCUAUCCACGCCGAUUAUAUCCCGCAUCGCUUCCAUUGACAUCGGCGGGCAGCUUCUCUUUCUGUUUGGUCUCGGACUGCUCAUCUUAUCUUUGACAUGGGCGGGCGCGACAUAUGGAUGGGCCACCGCGGCCGUGCUGGUGCCGCUCUGCGCCGGCUUGGUGCUUGUUGCCGCAUUUGUCGGCUAUGAACACUUCAUGGCACCAGGCCGCUUGUUUUCCCGGAUGUGGCCUCAUCAAAAGCCGAUGCUACCAUGGACAUUGUUCGGCAGCAAGGAUAUCGGCCUGCUAUUUUAUAUCAACUUCGCGACGGGGGCAGCCAUGUACUCGCUGUACGGCCCAACAUAUGCAGGCACGCAACUUCUCUUCUAUACCCCCGGACUUGGCAUCGGCGUUUACCUAUCCAUGUACUUUCUCAACGGCUGGCCCCGUAACACCUUUGUGCCGCUCAUGCUGGGAUCCAUCGUCGAGGCCGUUGGUGUCGGAAUCCUAGCAUGGGCGCUAUGGAACGGCCAUCUUCCGGCCAUCUUCGGUAUGAUGGCCCUGACAGGGGCGGGCACAGGUCUGCGGCUGAUGCCCGCCUCGCUCCAUGCCGUUGGGUUCUUUCCACAGCAUGUCGCCACCGUCGUCUCGCUCAUGGCCGUCGCACUGCCGCUCGGAGGAACGUUGGCAAUAACAGUCAUGGCGGCUGUCUUCAACAAUACCUCUGGUAUCGCGAGCUCAUCACCACUGAGAACUGUAAAGACGCUCAACGAACUACCUCCGGAUGCCCUGGCUAAUGUUGUGCACAGAGCAAAGAUGGGCAUUGUUUGGGCCUAUGUUGCGAUUACGCCCUUUAUGAUUACGUGCGUGAUUACGGCUCUGUUCCUUGGAAACGUCCAAAUUGCCAAGGAUGCUGCAAAGAGAGGCAAAGCGGCCAAGGCAAAGAUCUCUUCUGAUAUCGUUUUUGAUAUGGCUGCCAAAGAUAACAACCGGCACCGUAAACGACGGGCCAGCAGUGCCAGCCUGGACGGUGUUCCUCUGACGAGAAACAUUGUAGAACAACUUGCCGAAAUAGGCACCAGAAUGCGCGAAAUGCACGACAACGUCUUGGCCGACCUUGAUCUUGGCGGCUUUUCUGCGUCGACAUCGAACUCGGACUCGGACUUGUCUGAUGCUGAGGGUUUUGCCAGCGAGGACGAUGAGCUCGACGAGGCGUAUCUCGGUCUGAUGGACGGCGAAACGGAGAUGGAGAGACAACGCACCACCGACUCGUUCGGCUUAAGUCCGUCCUUGUCGGUGGCGUCGCGUUCUUCGUCUCCACCGGGGCUGAUCCCGAGCGCCAACAGUGUCGGGGUCCCUAGACAGAGGCUCUCGCAACUGAGGCCGAUCGCAGACGGACACCAUCCGGUUCGUAUUCCGAUCGAGACCCAGCCGACUCUACCGAUACAACCGCCAGUGCCUCCUCGGAGCAGUGACCGGGUCACAGCUUUACCCGAUGGACCUUCUCGUGCAGUCCAGGCACCCUCAGUUGAAGAUGCAGCUGCUUCUGAAUCCGAAAAGGAAGACGUCUGA